AUGCUUGCGUCGCUCCUUGCGCAGCCCGAAGAGCUCCGCCCGUGGCACUGCGUCUCUCCCACCGCGGUCGAGCUCGCCAGGCUCAUGGCGGCGGCCCCUGUCGCCAUGUCAAUGGUCGCCCGGGAGCUGGCAGAGUGCGACGUGUCGCCGGCGGCAGGGCUCGACUCGCUGGUGCACGUCAUCGCCGCCUCCAGCCUCGUUGGCCAGAUCGUAUUGGCGGCCAGCUCGCCCCGCGACGACCCACAAAUCCUGCACCAAAUCGCAGCUGGCACGCCGGCCCUGCUGCCCGCUGUCGCCCGGGCGCUGCAGCGCCUGCUGGACAGCCCCUAUGACCUCAAGCCCUGGUUCGCAGGUCGGGACCCGUCGAGCACGGCAGCCGACGUCGGCAAAGCGUGCAUAGCUCUCGCAGCGGCCGCAUCUAUGCUGCUGAUUUACGUCGAGGCUCAAUCAGGGGGCGCCAUGGCAGCCGUGCAAACAGCGGUGCCGUUGCUGGUGCCAUCGUUGCGGCACGCCGUGCAGCAGGCUAGGCCAGCCAAUGCAGAACGCGCCACUGUCGUGCAAGACGCAUUCUUGAAUUGUGUGGAGCGCGUGCUGCGGCUAUUGGAGGCCGGGCAGCAGGCGGAGGCGCCGCCGCUAUCGGAUCCGGUGCUUCCGCCGCGGGCGAUGCAAGCUCGGGCGCCGGCGCUCACCGGCCGCGCCUUUGCGGCUGCCUCGGCCUCAACGAGCAUCCCACAACAGCAACCGUGCUGCGGGGCGUGCGGCAAGACCGCCGCCGACGGCGCGCGGCUGCGGCUGUGCAGCGGGUGCCGUGCGGCGCGCUUCUGCUCUGACGCCUGCUACAAGGCGGCGUGGAAGGCGGGCCAUCGGCAGGAGUGCAAGGCGGCGGCGGCGGCAGCGGCGACGGCGGCAGCGGCGGCGCGUGGCCGGCCGGGCAUGCAGGCAAAGUAG